AUGUUUACUUUAUUGCUUACACGUACACGCCCUCUCAUAUCCAAGCCUCUUCAACGAUGGAUGACCACAGAGCCAGUCAAGAAGGAACGACAAAAGAUUGUACUUGAGGAUUCUGAUCUCGUGGAGAAGUUCAUCAAGGGAUCUGGACCUGGUGGGCAAGCGAUCAACAAGCGAGUCAGCUGUGUCGAGUUGAAGCAUAUCCCCACGGGUAUUCUUGUUCAGUGCCAACAAACACGCUCUCUUGAACAAAACAGAGGAAUUGCUCGCAAGUUGCUUAAGGAGAAAUUGGAUACGUACAUCAAUGGUGAUCUCAGCAAAAGUGCCAAGCGUGCAGCCAAGAUUCAAAAGUCAAAAGCACGCAAGGCACGUCGUGCAAAGAAGAAAUAUGGUGAUCCAAAGGAGCUUGGUCAAGAGAACAACAGCAACAACAAUCCAUCCGCUGAGUGA